AUGUGUUCAUCUCUAUACUUCUUGGUUCUUUUUGUGCAACUACUCUGCUCGCAGUCUCGGUCUCAAUCUGUACCCGUACCUCAGUGUGAUGGAGCAGACAUGUCUGCCCUUCUCCAGUUCAAGAACAGCUUCACUGUUGACAGGGGCUUUGCUUCGAGAGACCCCCUCGCAUACCCCAAGACCGAAUCUUGGAAGCUCGAGAGUGCCGGGAACGUAUCAUCAUCGAGUUGCUGCUCGUGGGAAGGGGUCGAGUGUGACAAUUCCACUGGUCGCAUAAUAGCACUCAACCUCAGUAGCAGCUGCCUGUAUGGCUCCAUCAACUCGAACAGUAGCCUUUUUCGUUUAGUUCACCUUCAAAGGCUAAAUCUUGCUGAUAACCACUUCAACAACUCUGAAAUCCCAUCUGGGGUUGGGCUUUUAUCGAGUUUGACCCAUCUCAAUCUUUCCAGUUCCGUCUUCUCUGGCCAAAUCCCAACAGAAAUCUCCAAAUUGACCAAAUUGGUUACACUUGAUCUGGGUUGCAACGGGACUUCUGAACUUUGUGCAGGACUGCUCAAACUUCGAAGCCUGGGUUUGACCAACCUCGUUCAGAACUUAAGCAACCUACAAGUGCUCGCUCUUGAUAAUGUGGACUUAUCAUCAGAAGUCCCUGUGAGGGUAGCGAACUUGUCUUCUUUGACUUAUCUGUCGUUAGAGUCAUGUGGCCUUUAUGGCGUGUUUCCAGCUAGUAUUUUUCGAUUGCCCAAGUUGGAGUACGUUAGUUUGGUCUCCAAUGGGAAUCUCACCGGGCACCUGCCCGAGUUCAAUUCGACCAGCCCUCUUCAGUUUCUGCAACUCAGUACAACAAGCUUUUCUGGGGAGCUACCGGAUUCCCUCGGUGAUCUUCAAUCCUUGAAGUUCCUAAACGUAGAGAGAUGUAAUUUCUCCGGAUCAUUCCCGAGUUCCUUCAGUAACCUCACUGAGCUGACCUAUUUAAGUUUCAGAGGGAACCCAUUCACAGCUCAAAGACUUGAUUCUCUGCCGUGGCUCUGGAAGCUAGCCAAGCUCGACACUCUUUAUAUUGGGCAAACCAACUUACAAGGUAAGAUCCCCUCUUCGAUCGGAAAUUUGUCCCACCUCGUUACUCUGGGAUUAGCUGGUAAUGAGUUAGAGGGUGAAAUCCCACCUGAGCUAGUAAAUCUCCCGCGGCUCGCUAAACUGAAUCUUUGGGAUAAUCAGUUAUCGGGCCACAUCACAUCUUGCUUGACAAACAUGACUCAGAUAAGUUUUCUUGACCUCUCAAGCAAUUAUUUUGAUGGCCCUAUACCAUCUUCAGUCUCUCAACUCCAAAAUCUUCAGUUCCUUUGGCUUUUUGGGAAUCUAUUGAGUGGAAUUGUCGAGCUCGAUACCUUUCUUCAGAUGAAGAGGUUGCAAAUUUUACAGUUAUCCUGGAAUGAGCUGUCGUGCCUUGCUGGAACAAAACAAAACGUCACCCCCCCUCAACUUCUUCUUCUGGGGCUUGGUUCAUGCAAUUUGAGUGAAUUCCCAAGUUUCCUGAAAGAUCAAACGCAGAUGGGCAGGAUUUGA